AGUGCGUCCUUUAAAUAUUACCGGCACACGACUUGUAAAUGGCACUGGACUGUACGACGGUCGUAUCGAGUUACACGUUGAUGGUCACUGGGGAACAAUAGAUAGAAGAUAUGUAGAUAUGUAUGAUGCCCAAACAAUCUGCAAUACUUAUGACGCAAGCUUAGCCAUGUAUUUUGACACAGCAGUAUAUGGGGAAGGAACUGGGCCGAUACUGAUAUCUCAAAUAGCCUGCAACGCAGAAAAGGAUAACGUAAAUAGCUGUUAUUUAUAUGCACCACAUCGUCCUUCAAGCUCUCACCUGUACGACUUAUCCAUAGCUUGUACACCUUGUGGUUUACCAGACAUUUAUAAUGGAUAUCCAGUAGCAUUCAAUGGAACCGAAUUAACAGUAACUUGUCAUACAGGAUUCUACCCAUUCCAGAUAAAAAUGAAAUGUCUGAACAAUAAUAGUUGGUCCGAGAAACAAAGAUGCACUCCAAUUUAUGUUUUUCCACUCAAUAUUAGUGAAAUUCAGUUAAAAAAUGGUAGAAGACCUUCCGAAGGACGUGUUGAAAUUCUAGUUAAUGGAACUUGGGGAACAAUUUGUGACACAAAUUUCGCUUCUGCAGAGGCAACAGUUAUUUGCAAAAUGUUUGGACUGGAAUAUAGCAGCUUUUACACAAAGGCCAAGCAUCGCAGCGGUAGAGGAAACGGUCCAAUAUACGUCGACAAGUUGAACUGCAUGGGUACAGAAACUCACAUAAACCUUUGCAGUUAUGAAGUUUCAAACCACUGUACGCAUUAUGACGAUGUAGCUGUUGUUUGUACAGGAUAUCAGUUAGACAUAACGGAUAUAAGACUAGCUGGUACUAAUGGACCAUACCAUGGACGUGUUGAACUUAAAGUCAAUGGUACAUGGGGAACAGUAUGUGAUGAUUUUUCUUACUUGUCGUUCGGUGCAGCAUGGGCCAUAUGCAAAAUUUUCGGAUUGACGUAA